GGUUUAUAGAAGUAGGGUUAGACUCUUUUCAUAUUGUCACAAAACCGAAAUAAUAUAACAAGAAUGAGGAAAGAGGAAAUCUUUGAUUUCACAAUAUGCAAGACAAGCCCCAGGCAAGUGAGUUUAUUCCCCCACACUUUAUCCUUUUUUAAUUAUUAUUGUAUUCUGGUAAGUGGGUAGUUAUAUUUAUUCAUCAUAUAUAAGAUGCUUAUUGUAGGUCUUACAGGAGGAAUAGCUAGUGGGAAAUCAACCGUGUCCAGGACCUUGCAGGACAAGCACCAUUUGAUUGUGGUGGAUGCAGACCAGAUUGCCAAAGAUGUGGUCCAACCGGGCAAACCAGCGUACAAUCAAGUGGUCAACACAUUCAAGGACCAGGUACCAGACAUAGUGGACGAGGAAACUAAAGCACUAAACCGGGCUGCCUUGGGACGAGCUGUUUUCGGAAACAAAGACAAUUUAAAGAAAUUGAAUUCAAUCGUUCAUCCAGCAGUUAAAAAGGAAAUUGGAUGGCAAAUAAUUAAGGCAUUUUUCCAAUUCCAGAAGUUGGUAAUCCUUGAUGUGCCAUUAUUGUUUGAAGCAGGUUUAAACGUUGUUUGUGGUAAGAUUAUCACGGUGUCCUGUGAUCCGUCCAUUCAACUAGAAAGACUUCUUUUGAGAAACCCCGAAUUAUCUCAACAAGAUGCUGAAAAGAGAAUUUCAAGUCAAACAUCUAAUGCUGAACGUAAUUUACGCUCUGAUAUCGUUUUAAAUAAUGAUGGCUCUUUACAAGAUCUUCAAGAUGCAAUUGAAGUAGGAUUAACAGAAAUCAUGCCUAGUAUUUUCUGGACUAUUGUGAAUUUCAUUCCUGGCGUUUGCGUAUUGACCAGCGCAUACACGUUUGCUACAAGAGCCACUAUAGAUACCUAUAAACGGUCUAAACUAAGAAAGGAGAGCUAAUCAAACAAUAAGUAAUUCUCUGAAUUCACUUUUAUAUUUAUUUAGAUAUAAAGGACUAUA